UCAAUCACAACACCCGAACGUCCGUCACGGAGAAACAUGAACGAGUGACUUUUCUAUAUGUAUAUUUUUACUUUUUGUAUUAAUACUGAUACGUUAACGAUGAGAACUUAACGGAGUAUAGGGAGCAGGAAUAUGGAAACCAUCGACACGGGGAGAAGAGACGCGCCCAUGAUACCGGAUAUGGUCAUGUGCGGCGACCAUCCGUCCGUCCACAAGGCGGAGCUCACCGACGACACCAAAGUGACGGAGAGAGACGCGGAGCGGGACAAGAAGCCGCCGGUCGCGCAGGAUAAAGUUUUACCAACGUCGUCACAGAUAGACAAGCCGGUGUCGGAGCACGGCCUGCGAGUGACGCGGCACCGCGCGGGCGGGAGGGAUCUGGUGCAUGCGGCUCUGAGCAGUUUCCGCUGGCCGCCGUACCUGCUGGGCGUGUGGGUGUGCGUGGUUCUGCUGACGCACGCCCUGCACUGCGCCGCCGCUCUCCUGGAGCGAUCCCUGCCCGUCGUGCGUAACGCGUGUCAGUACUCGAAGUCGUGGACGGAGAGCAGCUGGAGCGGUGUGGGGCGCGGCGAGCGCGGGCUGCGAGUCCGCCCGCUGUUGCUGGCGCUGUGUACGGCGGUGAUGUACGUCGUGUACGGCUGCCUGUUGGCCGCGCACGCCCUUCUACUGUGGGCCAUCGAGCCUCUGUACGGGGAGGGCGAGGCGCCCGGGGACGACCUGCCGAUACUCACCGACUACCUCGACGACGGCAGUCACAUCAAUGUUGCACACAAGCAGUAGGCCGAAGAUUACCUCUUAUUCUUUCUCGAUAAAUUUUAUUUAUAAACCAUUUGAUAUAUCACAUAAAAAAAUAUAUAAUGUAGCCAUAUUAACAUUAGCAUGGGUGCCAUGAGUUCAGCCAGCGGUCCGCUGUGUCCAUAACCGCAUCCUUCUCUAUAAUAAACACGUCAAUAACACAA